AUGCCGCUUGGCACCCGACUUGAUCUUCGCAAAUUCGAUCUGUGGUAUUCCUCUCGCGACACGACCAAGGCCCGUGAAGAGCUCCGCAACCAUCUGCUUGUCGAUCUGCUGCCGAAGUGGCUCGAGCAACAGAGCUUUCCUUUUGAGCAUGCUCGAAGCCACCAGCUGGGAACCGAGAAGAUCGUCACUUUGGCGAGUACCAUGCCGAGAAACUUCUCGUCAUCGCCCAUCAGGCAGUCGAAGACCUCAUUCACGUACCCACAGGCUAGGAGUUCCUCACUAGGGAGCUUCCGACUAGCGAUGAGCGCUUCGUUUGCUUUCGCCAUACCCAUACGUCGGAUGAAGCCGAGAGAUGGUCCGCCUUCGGGUACAAGACCUAGACUGGUGAAGGGUGCCAGGAGGCCAACCAGCCCUACAGCAGCAAGUCCAAGAUUUCUGGACAGAGAUCCGCGGUACAAGGCCGAUCUUGGCAAAGCUGUACCAGGUGUUGAGGCUAGAAUCUCUGCGGAAGGCGAGCUCCUCAUCAAAUCGCCAUUCAUGUUCUCCAAAUACCUGUACAACCCCGCCGCUACGCUCGCCGCGCACGACAGCGAAGGGUAUUUCAAGACCGACGAUACCUGCCGGAAAGAAGGCGACUUCUUCUUCAUCGUUGGCCGUGCCAGCCUAGACAUCAUCAAAUCCGGUGGUUAUAAGAUCGGCACACUCGAGAUCGAACGAUGUCUGCUCGAAAUCCCCUACCUCCAAGAAGCCAUGGUUAUCGGUGUCGAAGAUGAAGAAUUCGAACAACGGGUCGGUGCCGUGGUGACUUUGAGCAACGACUUGACGGGCCUGCGAAUCGACGACCUGCGCGCCGAGCUAAGGAAGAAGUUGCCUGGGUACCAGCUGCCCACUAUCCUCCGAGUCGUGCCUGGAGAGCUACCCAGGGGCGCAACGGGCAAGGUGCAGAAGAAGAUUCUAGGACCACAGUACUUCGCUCCAGGUCAAUGGCGAGCGAAUUCAGAAGUCCAGGUUUGGGGAGGUCAAAAGAAGCCAGGCGUUGAGGCGAGAGCCAGGUUAUAG